GCAUGAAAGUUUCCACUUGGUUCUUUCUCGGCGUCUGAAUGAGUAGUUGCCACACGAACACAGUUCCAUCUGUUGAGCGCCGGUUCGAAGUUUAAAAAAAAAAAAAAGAAAAAUGCACGUGACUGUCCUCCGAGGAGCUUCUCAUCAUAUGACGCCACCGUUUUUCAGCUGUCGAUAACGACGGAGAGGUUUUUUUUUUCUUUCUUUCUUUCUUGGAUUAAUUUUAGACUGUCAGGUUUGUUUCACCGGAGCCGAGGAUGGAGACGCUGUUUUAUCUGCUCGUCCUCGCUUCGGCCCGGCUGUCUUGGGGGCUCGGAUACGCGGAGCCCGCGGUCCUAAGUGGGCAGAGGGCGGCGAGCAGACACCGGAACUGGUGCGCUUACGUGGUGACGCGCACCGUUAGCUGCGUGAUGGAGGACGGCGUGGAGACGUAUAUCAAACCGGACUACCAGCGCUGUACCUGGGGCCAGUGUCCUCGAGUGGCAUACCGGACGUACAGGAGGCCGAGGUACAAGGUGGCUUAUAAGAUGGUGACAGAAAUGGAGUGGAAAUGUUGCCACGGAUACUCCGGGGAGGACUGUCUCCAGGGGCCGGUCAACAGCGGGCGACCGCUCGUCACACAGACGGGACACACGCAAGACGGCGGACUGAGUGGAAAUGGCGACAGUGAAAAGGUCCGAAAACUGGAGGAAACCAUCAACGGCCUCGCCAAAGACCUCCGCAACAUUCAGACCUCCGUUCGCGAUCUAAACCAGAAGUUUUCGGUACUAAACGGAGCGAUUGUACCAGCUGAUUCAGCCCAACCGCACAUGAAGGAAACGAUCAACGACAUCCACACAAAGCUGGACCAUCUGUAUAAUAGGACACAGGUCCACGAUCAGACCCUGCUCCACAUUAAUAACCAUUUAGAGAACGGAGCGGGGAACGACCUGGAUGGAGCGGCCGUCGCAGGACACCAGCCGAACGCGCUCAAAGAGCAAAUACUGACGGAGCUGGAGAGAAGGGUCACUCUGUCGUGCUCUGCCUGCCAGGCCGGUGUCGAGAAUCUGAGGCGGCAGCAAGAGGAGGACAGAGAACGGGUGAGGUCCCUGGAGAAGUUGAUCAGCUCCAUGGACCAACAUUUUAGGCGCAGCCUGCAAAUCAUUCGCGGUGAGACCGAACAGUCCCGCGCCUGCUGCAACACGGUCGCCGAGCUGGAGAAGAGAUUGUCGGAUCUGGAUGUCCGAGUCACCGCCACUUCCGGCAAGUGCGACACCAUAAAAGGGCGACUGGAUAAGGAGCUGGCCGGAAGCGGGGGAGGAAAGGGACGGGUGACGGAGGACCGGAUGAACGUCAAACUGAGAGACUUGGAGAAGAGAGUGAACAACACGGUGAGAAAAACGGAGCAAAGGUGCACCAACACGGGCAACAAUCUGAAGGACGGCGUCCAAAGAGACGUCACGCAGCUACGAAACACGCUCCUGAGUCAGCUGGAUGAUCAUCGCUUCAAAAUCGGAAAGCUGGAGCUCGACGUCGCCGUCCUCGGAGACACCGUAACGGACCACAGUCGACGUUUAGGCCAGCUGGAGAACGUCACGACUUUCCUGGACAGAACUUUAACAGCCACCACCGGAAUGUGCAACAACACUUGCGCCCGCAUCGGAAAAGACCAUCAAGCCGCAGACACAGUAAAAACCUUGGAAUGGAGGGUUGUGGCUAACCGAGGGGAAAUCCAGAAAUUCAACACGCGCUUAAAUGAUUUGUCUGUGUCAGGUGACUCGCUGGCCGACAGGAUCAUUAACCUGACGGACGACGUCAAAAAGAUCAUCGCCGUGACGGGCGAGGGCGGCGAGAACUUCAAUCGGAUUGCGGAGCAAGUCGAAACGCUAAACCGGGAGCGGGAAGACUGCUCCGUUUGCGGCAGCGUGGAGGAAGACUUGCGUUCGCUCGCCAACACCACCGCCACGGGCUUGGAAAAGUGUCGGACGGAGCUCGCCGACGUCCGCAGAAAGGUGGACUCGGGAGAAACGGCGUGCUCUCGGGUGUGUUCAGACCUCCGAGAAGAGGUGGGACGACUCCGAGAGGAGACGGAGAAGAGGGGCCAACGGUGCGAAAUCAACAUCCGGGAUUUGAGCGAUCGCUUAGACGGUCACGGUGACCACAACGGAAGAUUAGGAGGGGAUCUGAAGUCCAUCCGAGGAGAGCUAUCUCAGGUCAUGCUCACAUUCCGCUCCAUUAAUGACACUCUGAAGAGCGUGGAUACAAGGAUACGGACACACGGCUACACGCUGGACGAUCUGACCGACUCCGAGGACAGGAUCCGUUCGGAGGUGGACAAUUUGAAGGACGAUCUGGCCGAGCACGUCGAUGACUCAGCCGCUCGAUUCGCCAGCCUCGGCAAAGACGUGGAAGUGAUCAGGAGUAACCACGUGACGGAAGUCGGCGAGUGUCGGCGGGCGAGCGACGGCCUCCGACGUCGUCUCGACAAGGUGGAAGGACUGUGUGGACGUUUCGACUCUUUUUCUGACAGUUUGCGGAGGAUCAAGGAGGGCCUGGACAAGCAUGUGACUGGUCUGUGGACUUGUGUCAACGGACUCAACGAAACGGUCGCAUCUCAAGGGCAGCUCAUCGAUAAUAUUCACAACGUCCAGCUUGAGAAAGUCCACUCUGGAAUACACCGACUGAAUUCAACUCUGCUCGACUUGGCGAAGGAGUUCCAUGAUUUCAUACGACAGGAUUUCAUGGGUCCACCGGGUCUACCUGGCCCCAAAGGUGAGCGAGGGCACUCUGGACCACAGGGAGUUACGGGACCCCAAGGAAAGGAGGGACCUCAGGGUGAACCGGGCAAACAAGGUCCAGCCGGACCCCCAGGUCUCCGAGGCGAACAGGGUCUCGCGGGGUCCGACGCCCACGUGCCACGACUUUCCUUCUCGGCCGCGCUCACCAGGCCAAUGAGGGGCGUCGGGACCAUUGCAUUCAACAAAGUUUUUGUCAAUGAGAAAAAUGUCUACAACCCCGGAACAGGUUACUUCACAGCUCCAGUGAGAGGGAACUACUUUUUCAGUGGAAUCCUGACCGGCCAUAAGAAUGUCAAGAUCGAAGCGGUGCUGUCCAAAUCCAACACCGGUGUUGCUCGAGUUGACUCGGCGGGAUAUCAGCCCGAAGGCUUGGAAAAGCCCAUGGCGGAAGCCAAACACAUCCCCGGAGCUCUGGCGGUCUUUAACAUCAUCCUGCCCAUGGAGGCGGGGGAGACCAUCUGUAUCGACCUGGUCAGCGGCAAGCUGGCGUACUCCUCGGAACCCUUGACCAUCUUCAGUGGGAUGUUACUCUAUGAGACCAUCUGAUUGGCUGGACACUGGUGACAUUUUCAGAGCGUGGACUCUUUUUUUUUGGGGGGGGGGGGUUGUUUGUUUGAAGAUGAAGCAACCGGGCGGUCACGGAGACUGAAAUGAUCCAAGAGGGUCUCUUUUGAGAGCGUUCUAUCAGGGACUUGCAUAUUCUGAACUUUAGUCAUCAUAUGUAAAUAAAACACGCUUACGCUUUGAAAGCAAUCAUUUGCGCUCCACCGCUUUAAGGACUUGAUAUCAAGUACAAAAGUACAUAUUCCUUGCCAAAACUUGAAUAUUAGUUUAUGAUAUAGUGGACUUCAGCUGCCGUUUCAAUGAAAUAAAAGGGGGUGGGGAGAGUG